AUGCAUGGCCUCCUGACCAUACAUCUGGGCCAAUGUGGAGUGCAGAUUGGCAACGCGGUAUGGGAGUUGUUGGCCUGUGAGCACGGAAUCGGUGUGGAUGGAAAAUUGUACAGCACCCUUAACAGCGCCCUCGGCUGCGACCGACCUGAGCAAGGAGAGGAUAUUGGUGUCUUUUUCAGCGAAUCGAGGCAGAGAUAUUAUCCAAGGGCUAUUAUGGUAGAUCUAGAGCCAACUGUAAUCGAUGAGAUACGAGUCGGUGCAUACAAAAAGUUGUGGAAAGCGAGUAAUCUUUUGACUGGUAAGGAGGAUGCAGCGAACAACUACGCGCGAGCCUACAUCAAUGUCGGCAAAAAGAUGCUUGGUCCACUAAUGGAGCAGGUCCGUAUCACGGCGGAGCGUUGCGACGGUCUUGCAGGAUUCAAUGUAGUUCACUCAUUAGCCGGUGGAACCGGCUCUGGCCUUACUGCUCUUCUCCUGGAAUGUCUCUUCGAGGAGUACGUCAAGAAAGCACGGUUUUCCACCACUAUUUACCCAUCCAAAAUUUGCUCCCAGUCUACUGUAGAUCCCUACAAUACCCUUCUGUCCAUGAAAGCCACCAUGGAUACUCUGGACUGUUCUCUCUUGAUGGAUAACAAAGCCAUCACCGAUCGUUGUGUUGCGCAGAUGUUAAUUGAAAAGCCGACCUACACCACGCUAAACCGCUUUGUUGCCAUGCUUGUCAGCUCCAUUUACCUCUCACACAGAUUCGCCUUUAUGGGCAACCAACACGCCGAUGUUUUAGAGCUUCUCACCAACAUCAUCCCCUACCCCCGCAUCCGGUUCCCUAUUGUCGGCACCACUCCUCUCUACGCCAAGGCGAAUCAGCACCACGAGGUAAUCAGUGUCCCAACCAUCACUCGCAGGGUCUUCAGUCAAGAGGCAAUUACUUUGGAUUGCAAUAUCGAAAAACGGUAUUUCAUCUCAGUCGCUCUGCUGUAUCGUGGAGUAGCAUCCACUGGUGAGGUGGUUGCAGCGCUGAGAGAUGUGCGAUACAACCCAGAGUUUGCAAUCGCAGAGGGUUUUUUGGAUUGGUGCCCCAACAAGUUCAAGGUGGGAGUCACGCCGUUUCCCCCAGUUACAGUGCCCACCUGUGCUAUGGCGGCUGCGCCUACUUCAGUGUGUAUGAUCGCGGGAAAUAUAGCAGUGAGUGAUGCGUUCAAGUCGACGGUGGAUAAUUUUGACAUGCUCUUUAAGAAAUGCGCCUUCAUCCAUUGGUUUGUGUGUGAGGGGCUGGAGGAGGCUGAGUUGAAGGAGGCUAGGGAUGAGCUUUGCGGCCUCAUUAACGAGUAUGUCAAUUUGGUGGAUCGUGAUGCCUCUGCUGAAGCCUGUCCCGAACAGACGACCGAAUCGGAAGACGGCGGUUGUCCGAUGGUGUUUACAAACACUACGACUCCGACCAUGAGAGGAGCAACUGUAGCACCACAAAGACCACCCGAACAUCUGCACAUUAAUAUGAGAAUGCGAGAGAGAAUACCUGGUCCGAGUACCCCCUGUCAACCGAUUUUGAAUGGGCCUUGUGCAGGUCGCGGAUUUCCAAAUCCAUACAGUCCGCGUCCCAUUUUGAGCAUUAAUAUGUCCAAUACACGUCCACGGAACAGAAUUCGGUCGGAAAGGCCUCUUGUAGCGUACAGAGGAAGAAGCGUUGCACCACCCUCCCCGGGGAUGUUUGAGGAAAUUGAGCAAGGAUGCCCAUACGGUUUCUUCAACAUAUUCAACCAACAGCAGGCGGAAACGGAGGAAUUCCCUCCAUGGACUAUCAAUGCUUGCCAUCAAGGUUUCAAAGGGCGAUUAACCGCGGCAGCCCAAAUGAUUUAUUAG